UGCUGAACGGGCAAGAGAGACGGAGAGAGAGAGCGCGUCUGCGUAUGUGCAUUAAUCCUGCCCCAUGUCUCAUGUGUUGAGUUGGAGAAAGCUUUCUUUCAUCCAGUCAUAUACUGACUUCAGGUCUGUUGAUUUGAAAAUAAUUGGUUAGACACUAAUCAGCAUUUUCCCCUUUGGACUUGAGUCACUUCUUCUUCACUUGCUGUAGUGGUGCCUGCUCUGCAUAUUCGGGUGUGACAGAUUUGUCCAUCCUGUAGGCUCCAAUACCCAUGUUGGAUCACACUGCAAACAGCAACCAACAGACCACUAGCACAUAGAGGACCAGCUCAGCACAGGUGUGUGUAUUUGGUGUCGCCAUGGUGACCCUCCAACUCUUACUUCUCUCAGCCUUUUCUGCCACAGUCCAUCUACGAACAUUCUUUAUAAUUGAGCCAAAGAUUGUGAGCAUGCCUGAGGCUCAGGCGGCCUGCAAAAAACAAUAUCAUGACCUCGCCAGUGUGUACAAUGAUGAAGACAAUGCCAACCUGGCUCAGUUUCUCAAAAGAAACCAAAAGGCAUGGAUUGGUCUUUAUCGACGUCAGUUCAGUGAUAAAUGGUCUAAUGGUGAUGAUGUCACCUUCAGCAAUCUGACAGGGGUCUGCGGGUCAGGGUCCUGCUGUGCUGCUAUGAAGGCUGAUGGUUCAUGGGAAAGUCUUAACUGUACAGAGAAAAGAAAUUUCAUGUGCUAUGAACAAGAUGUUAGUAAACAAAAGAGAUUUUAUGUAAUCUUUGAGAAUAUGAGCUGGUAUGAAGCUCAGAGUUACUGCAGGAAGAACUACACUGACCUGGUCAGCAUCAGAGAUCAGAACCAGAAUGAAGCAGUGAAAAUAGAAGGGCUGAACAGCAGCACGUCCUUCUGGAUCGGCCUGCUGAGUGAUGACUGGGUGUGGACUGAUGGAGGACACUUUGCCUAUAGGAACUGGGCGACUGGUCAGCCUCGGCUAUCAUCUGAUUGUGCAAUAAUGAUGAAUACUACAAGUGAAUGUGGGAAAUGGUAUUCAGUGCCAUGUAGUAAUGCUGAGUCUGCUUUGUGCUAUUUUAGUAAUACCACAGAUUUUUCGCCUACAGUCCCAGAUGGUCUCAAUUUCACUGAGAAGAAAAUUGCAUACAUGACUGAGGCUCAGGCACCUUGCAUAACAAACGACACUGACCAUAUCAUUGUGUACGGUGAUAAUGACAAUGCUGAACUGGCUUUGAAGAUUGAAAGUGGCAAAAAAGCCUGGCUUGGGCUCUGUCGCGGUCAGUCCAGUUAUAAAUGGUCUAAUGGUGAUGAUGUCAUAUUCAGUAAUCUGACAGGGGUCUGUGGAUCAGGGACUUGCUGUGCUGCUAUGAAGACUGAUGGUUCAUGGGAAAGUCUUCAGUGCACAGAGAAAAGAAACUAUGUGUGCUAUAAACAAGAUACUGACCUCAUCUUCAGCUAUCAUUUAAUCCUUGACUCCAUGAGCUGGUAUGAAGCUCAGAGUUACUGCAGGAAGAGCUACACUGACCUGGUCAGCAUCAGAGAUCAGAACCAGAACGAAGCAGUGAAGAUAUUAGUGAUGACCAGCAACACGUCCCUCUGGAUCGGCCUGCUGCGUGAUGACUGGGAGUGGACUGAUGGAGGACGCUCUGCCUACAGAAACUGGGCGACUGAUCAGCCUGAAUGCUACAAAACAUCACCUCACAACACAGCACAUGGCGAACAAGGCCAUGAAGCAAGACCAGGGAAAAACAAUAGCAACAUUCCUGCAUCCCGCAGCUUGGACCUCCUCCGCAUAGUUUGCCAUAUUGGUGUUGUGUAG